GGUGUGACUCUGACGUCUCAUGUUUUGUUACACAAACAAUAACAAACGCUUGAGCAAAACGUUUAAGGGUUACGUUAUUGUACCUGUAUCCGUCCCAUAUCGUGACAAAUCUGAAUUUCAAAAGUACCAACAACCUCUCUCUUCCCAAUGCCCGUACUUUGCACCCAAAACACAGCCCGCAUCUGUUGACAACAUAAGAAUCUGGGCGCCAGCUGAGGGUAUUAUUUACCGGUUUCCAUGGAUACCUCGCACAGGCCCCUGGGUAAUAAACAUGGCUACCUUUAGAAGAAAGUUUUGAAGAAACCGGAUAACCUCUCCGUUGUUCCUUCCUAUCUUUGUUGGUACUUGAUGCGAUGUAGAUGUCUUUGUCCUCGGAGACGUACAGGACACAGAGGGACCAGAUGAUGGCGGAGACGCGGACUGUGCGGGAGCAGGAGCUCCGCCGGCUCAUGGACACCGUGCUCGACAAACACCGGGACGACAUCCUGACCAUCGCCAGCGGUCACCUCAACCACGACAAACUUUACAAGCCACCCGAGAGGGCGACGCACCAGCCAUGGGUGAGUUCAGGCAAGGCCAGUAUUUCCCUACGGGAGCCGAGCGUCAUUCCGAAGGGACAGAAGUCUGUGCGACUCCAGCGGGAGAAGCUGCGACAAAUGUCAGAAACGGCGCGACAGUUCAGCAUGGGCACGGCGGGAAGUCUACCCGCGACUUCGCUGUUCCCCUCGCCCACCGGGGCUCAGGUCUCCCGUAGCGGUGGCGAAAGGAGCCGGACAGUCCUCCCCUCCAUCGGGGAGAAGGACAGGAAAGACCGAGAACGUCUUACGCAGUCUUAUCCGACUCAGAGCCGGGAAACGUACAUCGACGACAACGUGAGAGUCGAGGAGUUGAACAUGCCGGAACUGUUACUCCACUCUCCCAGGAGACCGGCAGAACCCAAGACAAAAUCAGUAGACUUCGCUCACAAGUUAAGAACUAUGAAGGACCACACGUUCAUGCAGUCUUACUUAGCAGGGAUAACUAAGAAGGAACAGUUUAGCAGGCUGAAGGAGUUUGAGAGUGAUGUGAUGAGGAUGGGAGAUGCUAACGAGAGGAAAGUGUUGACUGGACAGAAAGCAGUGGACCAUCACGAGGCCAAGUUGAACGCCUUCCUUGACGAGUUGGAUGCCCGAGGUGACUACAACCGACUUCACCGUCUGCAGGCACAUAGAGAGGUGUUGGAUGACUUGUGUGAAGAGUCACCUGUAUUUGGGGACCUGCUCAACAAAAUUAAGAAAGAGUAUGAUGCGUACCUGUCCCACCUGCUGGAGUCCCAGAACCUGCAGCCCAGGCUGUUAUAUGAACACCUGAGUACCAGCUCAGACAAGAGUCCUGUCCCGCCGGGGGAGGUGGAGGAGGCCAUGCAGCAGGUCAGGUCACUGGAGCUGCAGGCCAAGGACCUCCUUAGCACCAAUGACAGGUUGAGAAAUGAACUUCAAGAGGCCAGGGAGAGUCUAGCAACAGCUGAAGAAGAAGCAAAAGAACCCAAGUCCAAGCUGUUUGUGUACAAAGAGGCUCCGCCGAAGGAGAUUGAUGAACAGAUCAGGGAUCUGUACGCUGAGAUCCUGGACAAUCUGGAUGACAUGGAGGCCAUCAGAAACAACCUGCAGGAGGAGUUUGUUCCUCUCCAGGUCUGUCAGAAUCUGGACCAUCAGCUCAAGGAGACGGAGAUUGACAUCCAGAGGAUAUUAAAGCAGAAUGAGUACUUGGAGAAGCAAGUGCAGGAUUUGGAGGAAGAGCUAGAGGACUAUCUGGAGGGGGAAAAUGUACCACAGAGGGAUGCAAGGAAACUCUGGAGGAGCAUCAAUAUAGACAAGGUUCUCAGCCUAGGGAAAAUGGACUAUUAGUCAUGGCUGUUACAACAGGAGUGGGCUGACUGUACAAAAUGAUGCCAAAAAUACCUCUGUUUGAAGGCAAAGACAGUUUUACUGGCUCAUUCAGUAAAGAGUUGCAUAUACAGUACAUGCACUUUUCCCUGUAAACGUGUUGGUAAAAAUAUGGUUUGUAAUAAAAUUUUAUCCAAUAGAUUAUGAUUUGUCUUAUUAGUUCAAAUGCUGGACACAUGUACGCAAAAAUGAGAUUCUUCGCUUAUUUCAUGUAAGUUAAUAUGUUGUCAUUCACCAGUGGGCACAAUAAACCUCUACUACAUGUUCUUAACUGCAGUACAUGUAUAAUACCAGCAUCAUAAUUUGCAUCAAAGUUUCUUGUGCAGUGUGUUCUGUUAGAAAAGAAAAAUGGUCCUGGAAAAGCUGUUGCACUAAUUAUUAUUUACAAAGAGAUAACAGUCUCCGCUUUGUUAGAUUAUUACUAACAAUAAUCUUUAUUGAAUAAGCAAACACAACAGUGUACAUACAUGUACAAAAAAUUCUCAGCAAUGAAAAUGUUUUUGUGUAAGAGUUUGAUAGAGUGCUUCUGGAAAUGAAGCAAUAUGUAAAAUAUAAUAUUAUACACAUGAUUGACACAACUUUGAGACUUUGCCUGAUUUCUUACUACCUUAUUGCCAUCCCUGAAACAAUGUAAGAUGUGACAAAAUAAAAGUAAGUUUACCACAAUGGACAAUUCCUCUCACUGUGGGACAUGAUAGGAGGACAUG